AUGGAUAUUGUGCUUUACAGGAUGCCUCGUAGAAUAUCAUCAUCUAGAGGUAGAGGACGGGGUCGACAGGACACAAUGUCUCAACCCAUGCAGUCUUUGAGGGAUGAACAAAAUGAAGACCAAAGCAUAGGACAUGAGCCACUACAGUUGCCAGUGGAUACUCAAGUUUCACCUACUCCACUACAGUUAGGGGGGCAAGUAGCAGCAUCGUCAUCAUCAUCAGUUCGAACUAGAGGUCCGAAUUUAGGGCAGCCAACACCAGUAAACCCAACAAAUCGACAAAUGAUAAGAUUAAGGGGCCUUGUCUUCUUGGAUAUAUCUGUCUCUCGCUCAAUAACCAAUGACAUUAAGAUGCACUUUACAGCUCCAUGGAAAACUUGGGCAGAAAUACCCAUCAAGAUAAAGGAUGAGCUAUUUGGAAAAUUUCAAGUGAGAUACAAAUUACCUAUUUAUAUUGAAAUUAAUUCAAUUGAAUAUGUUGAAUUUAUAUGGUGGGAAGAUUGUGAAUUAAUGGAUGUGGAUGAUUAUUAUAGAAGUGGCUUUUCAACAGGUUGUGUCUUUUUGUUGUUAGAUGGUCGUUACAUGUGGGAUGAAACUGAAGAGCAGAAUGUGCGUCUUGCUUGGGAUAAGCUUGGGAAGGAUAGAUUUCGUGAUAUUCUUAACAGAGCUAGGAAUGAAAUGUUGGUGAAGCACAAGAAAAGUGAUAUUGCUUAUUUGCACAAUCUAGGACCAAACUGGAUGAAAGCAGAGGUGUGGAAUGAGCUUGUUGCUUAUUGGAGUUCUCCAGAGUGGCGAAAGAAGUCACAAUCUGCUAAGAUUAAUAGAAUGACAGUAAAAGAUAGGUCAAUUACAAAACAUGCUUGUGGUUCAAUCAAAAUUGAGAUUCAUGAGGAUCGAUUGACAAAGAAGAUAGGUAGGCCACCAAAUAAGAUUGAAGUAUUUCGAGCAACUCACACCAAAAAGGGUGCUGAUGGUGUAUUCAUUGAUGGCAAAUCACAACGGGUCGAUGAAGAUUAUGCAAGUGCAAUUGUGGAGAAAUAUGGUUCUAAUUCUGAAUCCCCACCAAUAUUUGAUAUGGAUAAGUGGAUAGAAGUAUCUGGAGGGUUUAAUAAAGGAAGGGUGUAUGGUUUUGGGUCUUCUGCAAAAUCUCAAACAAGUGGAUCAUCUACCUCUCAAUCAUGCACAUCUGCUUAUCCUGGGUCAUCUUCUCAGCCUGCGAUGACACAAGAGGAAAUUCAACAACUUAUAGAUGAAAAAGCAUCACAAAUGAGGGCAGAGAUGAUGGCUGAAAUACUUGAUCAGGUGCGAAAGGAGUUAAAGACCACAGGUGGUACUCAGUUUGCAACAUCUUCACAUCCAACCACUUCAGACUCUACAAAUCCAUAGGAUAAUCUAGAUAAUUGAUUAUGCUAUUUAUGUUUCUGUUUAAAGAUAUUAUUAUGUGUGGAAUAUUAAUAGUAUUUUUUCUGAAUAUGAUUGUAUUUUAACUUACAUUUUAUUAAUUUAACUACUUUGUAUGGAUUAUUUUACA